AUGAAAAUGGAUGUUAAACACAACUCUUCUCCGCCUCCGUCGGGAGAUCGCAGCGGAGGCGAUCAAGAUGUUGGAGAUGUCGUGGAAACUCCGGAUCGACUUGAACCUAAGAAUAAGACCAACGGUGAUGGGCCUGCGAACGGUCAGAAGGCCAACGCCAAAGACCCGUCGAGGCCGCGAAGGAAGAAAGCAAGGAGGGCCUGCUUUGCUUGCCAGCGGGCGCAUCUGACAUGCGGUGACGAAAGACCGUGUCAGCGGUGUAUCAAACGUGGUCUUCAGGAUGCGUGCCAUGAUGGCGUUCGCAAAAAGGCCAAAUAUCUCCAUGACGCGCCCGACGGAGCGCUGAUGCCCGGGGUCGGUGGGAACUUCUAUAACAACAGUCCGAUGCGGAACGAACUGCCCCUCUCCAGAAACGGUGCCAACGCAGUCAACACCACAGCGCAGCAACAAAGCGCCGGUCCUAAUUUCUAUCCUACGCCCCAGUCCAAUUCCUUUAAUGUUUACCAGGAGAACGCUAUCAACCAAAGCCCUUUUCCCAACCAGUCGCCGGUUUCGCCGACCUUCACACAAAAAACAAAUCCCAAUGCCCGAACUCCCAGUCUAUCGGCUCCGGUGAACCAGCAACCUUCCAACCCGGCUGUGUCAGGAGCAGGACAGGCGCAGAAUCCGUUCGCAGGGCCUUUUUUCGAUCCCAGUGAUCCGGCGCUUUUCAACUUUGAUCUUUCCAGCAUGAAUUUCGAGAAUCGAUACGGCGCAUUGGAGUUUAGUAUGCUAGGACAUAUGGCUACGGGGGCUGGUGAUUCCCCCAGUGAUUCAGCAACCCAAAGGGGCUCAAUGGGACGCAGUGGUUCGGCUCAGUUUGCCACUACGCCCAUCACUGGGACUGCGGGAUUUGGAGAAAGUCCCGGAAGUCAGCAGCCUUUUAUGUUCGGUGAUCCUCUUCUGAAUGAAUGGUCUGGUCAGACCUCAGGCCCGCCGCAUAUGAAUGUCGGUGGCGUGUAUGCACAGUCUGGCCAGAACAGCAUAAUGCCUGGGCACCUUUCAAAAACCGAUGCGCCACAUGCAUUUGCUAUUGAAAGCGGACCGGUGAAUUUUGCCAGCCCCAAUGCAGCUUCCAGUCCUCACCUUCCGAGCGGUUUUGAUGAAACACCAUUCAACAAUGCAUUGUCAAACAAGUCGAAUGGCCUGGCACCAAACGGACAGCGGCCGUCGAUCUCGACGCCAAGCCUGAAGCCGCAGAACAUGCAGGUCGGGAUUAAACGGCGUCAUCGGAAUCCGUCUUCCAUCUACGAGAGCGUCAAGGAGCCGUAUGGUUAUACCAGUGGCUUCCACAACUUGACUGCUUUUAUUCAGCGGCGAUUUUCUCCGCAGAAAACUCUUAGGAUCGCAAAAUCACUGGCAUCUAUUCGCCCAUCCUUUAUCGCUACUACCAAAACGCUAAACCGAGAUGACCUGAUUUUUAUGGAAAAGUGUUUCCAGCGGACACUAUGGGAAUACGAAGAUUUUAUCAAUGCUUGUGGCACCCCGACGAUUGUCUGCAGACGUACUGGAGAAAUCGCAGCUGUGGGAAAGGAAUUUAGUAUCCUUACCGGAUGGAAAAAAGAUGUGCUUUUGGGAAAGGAACCCAACUUGAACGUCAACACCGGAGGAUCGUCGGUUCCCCAGUCAGGCACCACCUCGCGCGGCAGUUUUACACCCCGAAGCGCGACCUUGGAAAACAUGCCCAGUGGACGCCCGCAACCAGUGUUCUUAGCCGAGCUUCUCGACGACGACAGCGUGGUCGAUUUCUACGAAGAUUUCGCCCGACUUGCGUUUGGGGAUUCCCGUGGAAGUGUCAUGACGACAUCCAAGCUCCUGAAGUACAAGACCAAAGAGGACAUGGAGCUUGCCACGACGGAUGAAAACCAACGUUGGAACAACCAUCUGCGCAAGGGCGGGAUUGCUGGCGAGGCGGGCAUGAACCAGUUGGGGUUCAAGGACGGCAAGGUCGAAUGCGCAUACUGCUGGACAGUCAAGAGAGACGUGUUUGACAUUCCGAUGCUGAUUGUGAUGAAUUUCUUGCCCUGCAUUUGA